UUGAAUUGACGCAAGGCGGGUGUGCUGUUAUUUUAUUUUUACUCGGAAUUUUCAAACAAAAAAAAAUAUAAACAAAAUGAUAUUUUUAAAAUAGUUUUUGAAUAUUUAGUUACAAAAGUUAUUUCGAAUUAUUUAAUUUUAGUUUACGUAUUUUAAUGAUUUUUUUUUUUUAUAAAUUUAUGUUGUGUUCAAGUACAAUAUCUAGUUUGUGUUUAAGAUUAGGGCGUCAACCUGCUAAGUUUACAUAUUAAAAUUGUAAAAAGAUUUACAAUUAUCAUGGACUAUUUAAUUUUACGAAAUAUUAUUUUCUUGGCUAUUAUUUUAAGCGGCAUUCAAAACUCUAAGAGUCAAAAUGACUUCAAUACACCAACGAAUCCUUAUUUGGGAGGAAAUAGAAAUGAUCAAACAAAUACAUAUUUAACUAAUCAAAUUUCAAACGUUAAUACUAGAAAGUAUGAUGCAAAAACAUCUUAUAAUAGUAAAAAUCAAUUUUUAGAUGCAAUUUCUAAACAAACUACAUAUUUUGUGGUUGCAUCGAAAACUGUUCGACCCGGUUUAAUAUAUCAUGUAUCUGUUUCAAUUUUGUAUACUGUUAAUCCAGUAACGGUGCAUGCUAGUAUUUCAAGAAAUGGUGUUGAAAUAAGUGGAGAAUCCAAAGAAAUGAAAGAAGGAAUUCAGGAAACUUUAUCAAUGCGUAUACCGUCAACUAGCGUUACAGGAAAUUAUAAAUUACGGGUAGAAGGAUUAUAUAAUAAUGUUUUGGGUGGUAUUGCUUUUUUAAAUGAGACUAAUUUGGAUUUUUUGCAAAGAUCAAUGACCAUUUUUAUUCAAACUGAUAAACCAUUAUAUAUGCAAAAUGAAAUUGUACGAUUUCGUAUAAUACCAAUUACAACAGAAUUGAAAGGAUUUAAUAGUGCUAUAGAUGUGUAUAUGAUCGAUCCGAAUGGAGUAAUUGUAAGACGAUGGCUGUCGAGGCAAUCAAAUAUAGGUAGCGUGAGUCUUGAUUAUCAACUUUCAGAUCAACCAUCUUAUGGUGAAUGGACUAUUCGUAUUAUAGCACAAGGACAAAUCGAAGAAGGGCGAUUUUUGGUUGAAGAAUUCUAUCAAACACGCUUUGAAGUAAACGUAACAAUGCCAUCAUUUUUCUUCUAUAAUGAUAAAUACAUUUAUGGUAAAAUUAUGGCAAAUUUUACAUCAGGUGCACCAGUAAAUGGCAAUUUAACUUUAAAAGCCACAGUACGUCAAAUUGGGUGGUUUGAUACAAAAAAAAUAAAUGAAAGAUAUCGUUUAGGGCAUCAUUUCAGCAAUUAUAUCCCACGCAGAUAUUAUGGAUAUAAUUCUGCUGAUGCCUAUGGUAAUCAACAAUACGGUAAUCAGCAAUAUGGUAAUACAUAUGGUACACAAAAUUAUGACAAUUACGGUAGCCAAAACUAUGAUGGUUAUGGUAAUCAAUUUUAUCAGACAGGAAAUCAGGGAGAUAAUUACAAUCAAUUCGGUAAUAUUAAUCCUACAGAUACAUCAUCAGUUAAUCCACAGGAUCAAGAUUAUUAUUCGAGACAAAAUCAAUAUAUGUUUGAAAAAUAUUUUGAAUUCGAUGAAAAUUGGCCGUUUUGGAUUCAAAAACCUUACACUGAAACUUAUGACAGAUGGACUGGGACCUAUAAAAAUUCUUUACCUUACCUUAGAUUUUUCAAUGGAACUUAUGAAUUUCGAUAUCCAAUGCAAGAAAUAUUACAGCUAUUACCAGAUUUUCGUAAUGGAGUUGAAAUAAUGUUCACUGCUACAGUAGGUGAGAAAUUUUACGAUGAAAUAAUUUCAGGAUAUGCAAUCACAAGGAUCUAUAAUUCCACAAUAAAACUACAAUUUUUGGGAGAUUCUCCUCAAGUCUUUAAACCUGAAAUGCCACACACAUGUUAUAUUGUGGCUGCUUAUCACGACGGUAGUCCUUUAAGGACUGAUCAACUUUAUCGAGGUCAGUUGUCAGUUGCGGGAUAUGUUGAAGGUUUAGUUGGAGGUAGAAGAGAUUUCCCAACUAAAAUUUUGAAAAUGUCAGAAAACUCUGGAGUUUGGGAAUUGUUAAUUGAUCUCCGAUAUGAUUUAAACAUUGAAAAUAAUAGGAAUGGGGAAGAUGUAUUAACUAAUAUACAAACAUUAAAAUUGGAAGCCACUUUCAAUGAUGGUACAGGGGAAUUUGUACGAGCAGAAUUAAUGCUACUGAGUCAUUAUUCUCCAAAAAAUCGUCACAUUAAAAUUAAUACAAGUACCAAAAAUGCCAAAGUUGGAGAAUAUGCUAUUUUUCAUGUUCGUACCAACUUUUUCAUGGAAACAUUUAGUUAUCUAGUAAUUUCAAAAGGAAUAAUAUUAGUAAGUGGUGAAGAAACUAUUACAGAAGGUAUCAGGACAAUGGCUAUUGCAUGCAGUUCUGAAAUGGCACCAGUCGCUACAAUUGUUGUAUGGAAAGUUAAUCAAUAUGGUUACGUUGUUGCAGAUUCUCUUACUUUCCCUGUGAAUGGAAUAUCCCGUAAUAAUUUUACUGUUUAUAUAAAUAAUCGCAAAGCAAGAACUGGAGAGAAGGUUGAAGUAGCUAUAUAUGGAGAUCCAGGUUCUUUUGUUGGUUUAUCUGGAAUUGAUAAUGCUUUCUACACUAUGCAAGCUGGUAAUGAAUUGUCGUAUGCUGACAUAAUCAAAAAAAUGUCAAAUUUUGGAGAAGAAGGAAAUGGAACUUAUGCUUAUACAUGGCGUUACCACGAAGGUACACCAGAUCGAUUGGUUUAUUAUCCAGCAUCCAGUUUUGGAAUCGAUGCGAAUCGAACUUUUGGUUUUAAUGGUUUGAUUGUAUUCACAGAUAGCUAUGUUCCAAGAAGAUACAGCAAUUGCGAUUUUCAGAUAGGAACGAAAGAAUGUUUAUCCGGAAAUCGUUGCUAUGACGCAAAAAAAGAAUGUGACGGCUAUUACGAUUGUGAUGAUGGAACAGAUGAAAUGAAUUGUAAUUUCUUUAAUGAAACUGCUUUAAAUGAAUAUAGAAAAUAUAGGUUUAAUCGCAUGCGUCGUCACUAUGAAAAUGUUUGGUUAUGGAAAGAUAUUAAUAUUGGUCCGCAUGGGCGUUAUAUUUUCAACAUUGAUGUACCAGAUAUUCCAGCUUUAUGGAUGGUUUCGGCCUUCAGUUUAAGUGGAGGCAAAGGCUUUGGUAUGCUUCACGAUGCUAUAGAAUAUAUUGGUGUCCAACCGUUUUAUAUAAAUUUGGAAAUGCCUUCAAAAUGUCGACAAGGAGAACAAGUUGGCUUGCGGGUAACCGUUUUCAAUUACAUGACAACACCAGUAGAGUGUACUGUUGUUUUACAUGGUUCACCUGACUACAAAUUUAUUCAUGUAGAAGAAGAUGGUAUUGUUAGAUCAUAUAAUCCAAGAACAUCACAUGGAGAACAUCAAUUUUUCAUUUACUUGAAAUCCCAAGAAUCAAGUACUGUGUAUAUUCCAAUUGUGCCGACUAGAUUAGGAGAAAUCGAGGUAACUGUACAUGCUGGAACAUUACUUGGCACGGACACAUUGUCAAGAAAAUUGUUGGUUGAACCAGACGGUUUAACUCAAAACCGUCACCAAUCUAUUUUGCUAGAUUUAAGUAACAGAGCUUACGUUUUGCAAUACAUGCAUGUCAAUAUUACAGAAACUCCAAUAAUACCAUAUCAAGUUGAAAGAUAUUAUGUUUUUGGUUCUAAUCGUGCAAGACUAUCUGUAGUUGGUGAUGUUGUAGGUCCCAUAUUUCCAACAAUGCCAGUUAAUUCAACUAGUUUGCUAAAUUUACCUAUGGAGUCUGCUGAACAAAACAUGUAUAGUUUUGCAACUAAUUUGUACACUAUAUUAUAUAUGCGCUUAAUUAACCAAAGGAAUAAAGUAUUAGAAAAACACGGAUUCCAUCAUUUAAACAUUGGUUUACAAAGACAAUUAAGUUAUUUACGUCCAGAUGGUUCUUUUUCGCUUUUCCGAUCUGAUUGGAAUAAUUCUGCCUCUUCAGUAUGGUUAACCGCUUAUUGUGCAAGAGUCUUCCAGGAAGCUUCCUUUUAUGAAUGGGAAAACUUUAUAUUUAUCGAUCCUUUAAUUAUUCAGAACAGCAUACGAUGGAUACUGCAACAUCAAACGCCUGAAGGCUCGUUCUAUGAAGUAACAUCGUUCCCAGAUCGUAAAAUGAACACUUCAUAUUUUGAUUUAAAUGAGAACUCGAUAAAAUUUAAAAACAUAACUUUGACAGCACAUGUUUUGAUAACUCUAGCUUCUUCGAAGGAUUUAUCUGGGUCUUUAGGCUCUCAAGUCGCUUUAGCGCAGCAAAGAGCAAUUAUAUACAUUGAACGGAAUAUGGAAUAUUUAAGUAAAUCACAAGAGCCGCAUGAAUUAGCAAUUGUGGCUUAUGCACUAAUGUUGAGUAGAAGUACUUCAGCUGAACAAGUAUUUUCAUAUUUGGCCAAGCAUGCUAGAUAUUUAGGAGAAUUUGUUUACUGGGGACGGGAAGAAGUUCCACUUCCUCCAACUAAGCUAGAAAAUCAAAAAUAUUUUUCACUUCCAAGGUUACCUUAUGAAUUUGAUUCCUUAAACAUUGAAACUACAGCAUACGCCUUGUUAGUUUAUGUAUCUCGUCGAGAAUUUUUCGUAGAUCCUAUAGCCAGAUGGUUGAAUGCUCAACGUUUAACUGAUGGUGGCUGGGCUUCAACUCAGGAUUCUGCUAUAGCACUAAAAGCUUUGAUAGAAUAUACCGUUCAUUCACGUUUAAGAGAAGUUUCAUCUUUAUCAGUAACGGUUGAAGCAACUUCUUUACCAGGAGAAACCAAAGUUCUUACAAUAAAUGAUGCUAAUUUCGGUCGCCCACAAUUUAUAGACAUUCCAAAUGCAUGGGGUACGGUUAGGGUUCAAGCAAAAGGUGCUGGUUAUGCUAUACUUCAAAUGCACGUUCAAUAUACAGUUGAUAUAGAACGUUUCCAAACAAAACCACCAGUUCCCGCUUUUAGUUUAGUUAGUCGUGCUAUAUUCCAGGGUAGAAAUCAGUCUCAUAUUUUAUACAAAACUUGCCAGAGUUGGGUGAACGUAAAUGAGUCUGAUCGUUCUGGUUUGACGGUUUUAGAUGUAACUAUACCAACUGGUUAUUAUAUACAACAACAAAAAUUGGAUAAAUAUGUUCUAAGUAGAAAUAUAAGAAAUUUACAACGUGCAAAAUAUAUUGAAAGCGAUAGCAAAGUUCUAUUUUAUUUCCAAUAUUUGGAUCGUGACGAUGUAUGUGUUGACUUCACAGUUGAAAGAUGGUAUCCGGUGGCUAAUAUGUCACGAUACUUACCUAUAAGAGUUUAUGAUUAUUAUGCACCAGAGCGUUUCAACGAAACUAUAUUCGACUCACUACCUACGUAUUUAUUAAAUAUAUGUGAAGUAUGUGGCAGUUCCCAAUGUCCAUAUUGUACUAUAUACAAUAGUGGAUGGACUGUGAGACUGUCUAGUUUUAUUUUAUUAAUUACAUUUGUUCGUUUGUUGUUAUUUCGAUAACUAAAAUUAAAAUUAAGUUUUAAUUAAAUUAAAAACAGAAAAACAAAAAAUGCAUGAGAAUAAGACCAAUGAAAGAAUAUUGAGUCAAAAUUCAAUUUUAAAAGUUAAUGAAAAUUUGUUUUCUUUUUUAUUUGAAUUAUUAUUUUAAUGUUAUAAUUAAAACAAAAUUUUUUUAAAGCAAUAUAAAUUACAAAAAGAAACAUUUCUAUAAAAAUUUUUUUAUGUUUCAAAACAAUAAUGUGUCUUACAAAAAAAGUGUCUUAUUAUGGUCAAACCGUCCAUUUAGAUUUAAGCAAAACAUGUAAUAAUAAAGUCAAACAUUGAAAUAUAUUUUUAAUAAGAAAUUAAGAAUCUCUAAACAUAACAAAAAAAUAUAAAACAAAAGGAUUAUAUAAAUUAAACUUUUCAUUAUAAUCACAAAGUUUAAUUAAUAAUUACAUAAAAGUUUGAUAAU